AUGGCAAACUUAAAUACUACUAUCGAAUACAUUAGUGCCGAUUUACACAAUGCGGCAGCAGAAGGCAAGCUUGAUCCAUUCAAGGUUUAUCAAGGUCAUCUUGAUAGCCUACUUACCCCUUACAAAAACACAAUAUUGCACGUCUACCUUAACACUCCAAGUGAAAGAUCCCCCGAGUUUAUAAAAGGGGUAGUUGGCAUUCCAUCAGGGCCGUCACUGUUAUCGAAGGGCAAUGACUACGGUGAUACUCCGUUGCACAUUGCAGCAAGGUACGGGCAUGCUGAUGCAGCAAAAGAACUAAUCGAACAGGCAAAGGCUUCAACACACAAUGAAAUAGAUUUAGAGGGCGGAGAAGGGCCAAGAGAGAGUGAAAUGGCAGCAGUGAGGAAGAUGUUAAGGAUGACAAAUAAAAAUAAAGAAACGGCCUUGCAUGAGGCUGCACGAAAUAAAAAAAGUCUGGGUGUCGUCAAAGAAAUAUUGAGUUAUGAAGCUCGUGAUGAGUUUACAUAUUCUGCCAAUGAUUAUGGGGAAACUCCGCUUUACCUAGCUGCUAAAAAUGGAUGCGAAGAGAUAGUCUCCGAACUAUUAAAAAAUCUCAAGUCACUGCAUUACGAUGGCCCCAAUGGUAGAACAGCUUUACAUGCGGCAGCAAUGCACAACCACAUCGAAAUAACAGACGAGCUAUUGCAGAAACAGAGUAACUUGGCAAAAGCAACAGAUGAAAAAGGUUGGACUCCACUUCACUAUGCUGCAUAUAAAGGUUAUACUUCAGUGGUCCAAAGGCUGUUAGAGAAGGAUAAAUCUACUGCUUAUAUUGCCGAUAAAUAUCAAAAGAGGACAGCUCUUCACAUUGCAACCUGUCGAGGAUUUCAAGACAUAAUGGAAGAGAUCAUUUCUAAAUUUCCAGGUUGCUGCGAACUUAUCGACAUUAAAGGUUGGAAUGUUCUUCACUAUGCGGUGAUUAGCAAAAGUAGUGAGGUAUUGAAAGCAGCAAUUCAACAUUCAUCGUUGAUUUACCUUUUAAAUGGGAAAGAUAUUAAAGGGAAUACGCCUGUCCAUCUAUAUAAGGCUUAUCAUCCUCGUUUGUCUUCUUUCAUACGAAAAGGAGAUACUGAUAUGUUCACCUAUUGGACAGAACUGCACAAUCAAAUCCCUGCUAGAUACAUUUCCUCAAAGAAGAAUGAAAUUUUAGAAUGGAUGAAAGACCUUGGCACUGGACCAUUGGGUGAAAUUCAGAAUGAACAGGGCACUGAAUCAUUGAGAGAAAUUCAGAAUGAAAAAGGCAAUGAACCACUGGGGGAAGUCCAGAAUGAAAAAGGCACUGAAGCAUCGAAGGAAAUCAAGAAUGAAAAAGGCACUACACCACUGGGGAAAAUACAAAGUGAAAAAGCCACUGGACCAUAUGAGGAAAUUCAUAAUGGAAAAGAAGAAGAUAGGAGAAAAAAAAAUAUGAUAGGCCGAUUUGAAGAAGCCAAAGACUCUCAUUUGGUGGCUGCAGCACUUAUAGCAACAGUAUCCUUUGCCGCAGUGUUCACAAUACCCGGUGGUUAUAUAAGUGAUGAAAAUAAUUUAAUGAAGGGAACUCCUAUCUUAAGCAAAAGUCCGGCUUUUAAAGCAUUUAUCAUAUCAGAUACCAUAGCUAUGAUUUUAUCUACUUGUUCCGUCUUUAUCCACUUUAUGUUGGUGAUUUUGGGAUAUGUGGAAAUAUACUAUUGGUUAAUAAGAUGUGCCAUCAGUUGCCUCUUCUAUGCAAUGAUAGCAAUGGUGAUUACAUUUGUGACAGGCACUUGUGCAGUUCUAUCAACUUCUAUAGGGUUUGGCAUUUCCGUCAUCGGAUUGGGCUUCUUCCUCUUGUUAUUUUACUCCAUCAUAAGGGUGACAAUUAAUUUAUUUGAAGAUGAUGAUGAUGAUGAUGACGACGACGACGACGACGGCGGCAACGAUGGUGAUAUAUUUACCAAACAACAAAGACAAAAAAUAAUAACUUUCUCUUGGCUGACUGGCGGGAUUUUCUGGUUGGGCUUCUUGGUCAUUCUCCUUUAUUGCCUUCUUCAAGAUUUGAUUGACAAGAUCAAAGAGUGGCUGAAGAAGUCAGUCAACCUAUAAUUAGAUCCCAGGAAAGGAGAUACAUGCUUGCUGUAUCUUCGUGGCAUGCAAAUCUCUUGGCUGACUGGCGGGAUUAUCUGGUUGGGCUUCUUGGUCAUUAGCCUUUAUUUUUGGCUUCAAGAUUUGAUUGACAAGAUCAAAGAGUGGCUGAAGAAGUAAGUCAACCUAUAAUUAAAUCCCAGGAAAAGGAGAUACAUGCUUGUUUUAUCUUCGUGGUAUGUAAAUGUAAAUGUUUGCUAUGAUGUGUUAUUGAUUUAGUUUUGAGUUUUAUUAGGCUAAUUUAUUGCCUAAAGGCGGAUACUCAUUAGCCUUAUGGCAUAUGGGUGGCAUGUAAUGUCUUUUUAUUUUACUUCAUGCAUAUAUUUACUAAGACCUUUUUUUC